CCUUUCCAGUUUCACCAUUCAACUCCCAGUGAUCAUAACAUUAACUUGAUCAUAACUUCAAUUCAUGUUUCCAAGGUAAUUGGUGUUAACAUUAUUUUUUAUAAACAUUUAUCCAAUGCAAGUGAAAGUAAAAAAUACAAGAAACAAUAACAACAAUCAAAAGUAAUGAUUGUUGAGCUCAUCAUUCAACCUUUCUUAUCUUACCUUCAUUUCAAAGUAUCUCUUCUCUGACCAUUUUUACCUUCAACAGUAAUCUUAAACAAUCUGAAUUGAAGUUAACUGUUUUCACCAAGUUACUGUUAUUGUUAUUAUAAAAAACAAAUGUGUCCAAUUGGGUUAAGUCUUCAAAUGUCAAUGGUUAUAAAAGGUUAACUUAAGUUGUCUCUAAUGUUACCAAUUCUGGUUCAACUGAUCUCAACAGGAAUCAAGGGAAAGAUUAUAACUCAGUGACGAUGGAACCUGAUGACAAUCUAAUGUUAACUGAAUCUUAUCCUCCAGCAAUCAAGAAACCUUCAACUCUACCAACCUCACCAUCAACCAGAAUGACAACAGAAACCUCAACUUUAACCUCAUCUAGUCAAGCCUGGAAUGACGAGGUAAUUAAACCUCGUAAACCUCGCUUAUUCCGCCAACCAAAGGCUUUAGUUGAAACAAGUCCACAUCAAUCAUCAUCCUCAUCAACAUCUUCAUUAGGUGAUAAUCCCAAUCCUUUUCCAACCUCUUCGACCUCAUCUGUGUCAACAGUCAAUGAUUCAACAAACCCAUCUUCAUCUUCAUCCAACUCAUCCAAUAUAACAACAAUAUUUCGUCCAGUUCCACAAGUUUCUGUGACACUUUCAUCGCCUGAUAACCCAUUCGAUGAUUCAACAAUUGAAUACAUUGAUUCUGAUGUAGAGGUGACACCAUCAGUGGAUAAAUUAACAGCAACCUCAAAUGAUCAUGUUAAAGUUGAUGUUAACUCAAAGACAACCCAAAAUGAUUCCAUUGAAAGUAAUCAUUCAAAUAGCAAUGCAAGAACAAAUGAACAAAAUCUGGUUGAAACUCUGACUGAUACACGAAAAACUAAAUAUUUAACACGAACCUUGGCCCUACUUAAACUUCAAUAUCUUCGUAAAUCGCGAAGUGAAGACACAGGUGACCCUGAAACACGGAACAUGAGACGUCUCUCGGAACGUCCAAGUAUUGGUGAUCCUGGUGGUCUAAUGAGCCAUGUUCAUCCAGGAGUUCACCACAGUCAUAACCAUCCCAGUCAGCGUCACGGACAUCAUCACACAUCUACUCAUCAUUCACAUCUUUUGGGUCCAGUGAAUAAAAGUCUGUCAAGUGCCUCACUUUGUGGUAAUUCACUGGCAACUUCACCACCAACCUCACUCCUGCGAACCUCCAAUUCAGGUGGAUCUGCAGGCUCAGGUUCAGCUCCAGUUGAACUUGAACCUUACAUAUUGGGAAUUCAUAUUCACAAUACGGAUAGAAAGUUGAAAUCAAGUAGAUCAGUUGUCCAUCCAGUGGUCAAGAUUCACAUUAUUGACAGUGAAACCUCCAGCUAUUUGGUUAAAAAACAUCCAGACCGUGAUGUUGCCUUUUAUUAUGAAACUGGUAAUUCCAAAAAUAACUUCAUUCUACCCGUGAUGACCCAAAAUUGUGACAUGCUAACCAGAAUCAGGUACCCAAGGUACCCAAUAUGGGAGGAAUUAUUACUUUACAAUGAAGACUAUUCCUAUUUCCUUGCUGACAAUGUUGUCAUCUUUUUUGAAAUAUUAGACUUUUUAACCUUUUCUGGUCCAUCUGAUAAAAGAUACAAUUCAAUGAAACGCAAUGAAUGGUGGUACCGAAUUGCUUGGGCCUUUUUAUCAUUGAAAUCAUCUGAUGGCUCAUUCAAUACUGGAAAGAAAUUAAGAUUACAAUUGUACAAACCAAUAUCUCAGAAAGUAACGAUUGAUCCUAAAAAUCCUCACACCACAGAGUUGUUUGAUUGGUGGAAAGAACAGAAAUUGAUUCCAUUUCAAGGAUCGAUAUAUGUAACUGUUAGUCCGGUUCCAUUGAUUGUAAGCCGGGAAACAUUUAGCCCAUCAUUGCGCUCAUAUGGUCCAUUUCAACCAGAGAUAAAACCAGAAGUAGAUCAUCACCAUCACCACCAUCAUCAUCAAGGUUCUGGUCCUCCUCGUAGGCCAUCGUCAGCCAUAAGCAAUUCAACUAUUGAAAGAUCACCUUCGACCACUUCUAACUCGGCCACCAACCAGCAAUCGACAGUCAUUUCCAAAUCACUUGAUGCACCAUUAGAGUCACGUCUAAGUACUGGAUCUGGUUCAUCAGCUGCAAGAAAAAAUAUCUCCUCUGAUGGUGAACCCUCGGUGAUUUGGAGUCGAAUAGAAGGAGCUCCAUGUAAAAUUCCUAAAAAUUUAUGGCAUCAGUUUUCAGCUGGCAACAAUAAAUGCUCGUAUGCCAUCAAAUUUUCCUGGGAUGGUCGUAAAGUAGCCUGUGGUGCUUCAGUUUUCACAGCUUAUCGUUCCAAUGAAAAGAGAUCAUCAAUAUUUAUCUAUGAAAUACCUUCGGGUAAAUUUGUUAAAAGAGUCAAUGGAUUUCACUCAGGAGCCAUUUAUGAAAUUGAUUGGUCACCAAAUGAUAAAUAUCUGGUUUCAGCAUCAUCUGAUUGUACAGCUCAUGUUUGGAAUAAUGUUAAGGAAUACCAAUCAUCCAUUUUACUUCCACAUCCAUGUUUUGUUUAUACCGCACGGUUUCACGUAACUCGAUCUGGAAUUAUCUUCACAGGAUCUUAUGAUGGUUUGAUUAGAGUUUGGUGCAUCAAACUAAGCCUGGAAUCAACAGCAGUGGAACCCCAAUUGGUACAAGAAAUUGAUUGUUUCUAUGGUCAAGUAUUAUCCUUGGCAUGGAAGAUAAGCUUUCCAACAACUUCAUCUUCAAUAGCAACAUCCAACACUGAUCCAACAGUUGACUCUUCACCAACCACCAAAUCAGUUGUCACUCUUUUCGCCUCUGGAAGUAAAGGUGAAAUUAUAACACUUUCCCAACGAGAUGUCACAUCCGAUUUUACCUGGUAUCUCAGUGGAUCCAUCAAAAUCAAUGAGAUAAUUGAGAUUCCUAUAAAUAACAUAGUCAUCCAUCCUCAUGCAAAUAAAAUCUUGAUCUUUAGUCGAGAUGGAGUUCAACGGAUGAUUGAUUAUCAAUUAGAAAUAAUUGUCCAACGAUUCACUGGAUCUUUGAAUUUUCACCAUUUAAUCCGUGGCUGCCUUAGUCCAUGUGGUAAAUUUGUUUAUGCAGGAGGAGAAGAUAGUUUAGUCCAUUGUUGGAAUGCUGAUACAGGCGAAAAGCUGUUUACAUAUAAUGAAUUGCCAUUCAAGGGACCCAUCUCAUGCAUUGAACAUCAUCCAUUUGAUAAUAUAAUUGCUAUUUGUGGCCUUAAUGCACGAACAAUUUCAGUUUGUUUGUUUAAUAAUGAAAUGCCUAAAUUAGUUGGAUCUCCUGUGAUACUUAAGAAUACGAUAACUCCAUCAUCAUCUCAAUCAUCCAGUGCAGUAUUGAACACAUCCAAACAAAAUCAAUCACAAACUCAUGAUGGUAAAAGUAAAAGCAAUAAUCGAUUUGAAUUGAUUCGCAGUAAAACCAUUGAUCAAAGCAAUUGUGUCUCCGAAUCAGGAGCCAUCCGUAGAGGUAACUUCAAAGUUCAAAGAGCCAUGAGAAGACUAGAAUUUGCUUUGAGAACCAAAUCAAUUGAUAAGAGAUGAUAUGAAUCUAGAAUCACUGAAAAACAAAACAAAUGGAAGCAUUAGAGUUACGAUAGAAAUAAAAAUUCACUGUACAAAAUUGAUAGAUAAAUAAUUUAUAAACACUAUAAAAGAAAAUAUUGCCAAACUAAACGGGAAUAUCAUAAGGUAACCUUUAAAUAUCAUACCUGUUAAUAAAACAAAUGUAUUUAUUUGAACAAUAAAAUUGAUUUUUAUUACAAACGAAACA